AUGGAGACCUUUCACUCUUCCCCAUCGCUCGAUAUUAAAUUACCUCCCAUCUCAGCUGAUCGCAAGCGCACACAGUCCGAGAUGGAUCUCCCGUCGCCACCCGUCACGCCUUAUACAGCCACCAAGAAGCGUGCACGAUCGCAUACCGCCGAUCAAAUUGAUCGUGAUGUUGCUUCCACUCGCGAUCCUGUUCUCUUCCCUCCUCGUCAUGACUCGGUCACUGGCGUGGAAGAACAGGAACAGGAACAGGAACAGCCCCUCUUCGGUCCCAUUGCACCCCCUGCUGCGGCUGCCUUGGUGGAUCAACAUAUCAUCUCGCAUAUGGCCAGGUUUGAGAACAAGAGGAAUAAACCCACCAGAGAAGAAUAUCUCCUCGCCCUAUCAUGUGUGCCGGUCGUCUCAACUCACUACAAUCGUAACCCGGCCGCCUGGGCCCGCGAGGAACGAGAGACGCUGGAACGCCAGUUGGUCUUGAUGAAUCGCACUCGCCCAGCCGACCUGGAUGCCCGAUUGAAGAAGAUUGCCCCCGCUCCCGCGAAGAAUCACAGAUCGGAUAAGCAUCGUCAAGUCGGGGGUGGUCUCACCCCAGCUCAGCGUGCGCCCCGAACCCGAGUGCGCCGUACUCCCAAAUCUACCCCCAAGCAGCAAGCCCUGGAUUCAUUUGACUACCAAUCCUCCCCUCUGCCAGCCAAUGCCAAGCCACGUGGAUCCAUCGGUACCAACCGGGAUGACACGGAUUUCAAUGCCCUGCAGGACUUCUCGCCUCCCAUGGAGAUCCUGGCGGGUAAUACGAAAGCGCUCAAGGCUGACUGGAAGGGGCAAAUGCUGGAUUUGAGCAAUGACCCGGACCGACAUCUGCUCAGUCCCGCCGAGCUCAAUCUAGCCUCCACCCUGAGAUUGUCUUGUGCCACAUAUCUGUGUAGCAAGCGUCGCAUCUUCGAGGCUCGUGUCCGCGCCUUGAGUGUAGGCAAGGAGUUUCGCAAAACAGAUGCCCAGCAGGCCUGCAAAAUUGACGUCAAUAAAGCCAGCAAGUUAUGGACCGCCUAUGAUCGGGUUGGUUGGUUCCGACCGGAUCUUUUCCGUGAAUAUUUGAGAUAA